CCAAUACCUCACAAUCUAGCCAUAGCCACUUCGGAUGCCGAUGUAGCCGACUUGAUAGAGACUGCCACCAUAGAGCACGACUCUUCACAUCCUAUUCGCUCCUUCGAUUUGCUGCUUCAAGGAGAUGAGUCUACUCCUAACUCAUUACCUCCGGCUCUUCUUAAGUCUGUCGUCAAUCGUCAUGCCCUCUUUAAACUUCAAAAAAGGCCCGGCGCUGCCUCUAAAGGCAAACAUUACUCUCAUUCAUCUCAAUCUUUUAAAGGGGAUAAUGGUGACGUGCCAGCUAAGCUUAAAGAAGAGGACGAAAGGGACGAUAGGAAGGAAUUAGAUCAUAAAUUGAUACUUACCAAAAAGCAGAAAGUAAAGACAGAGAAAAAGGAGAAAAGCAAAACUAAACGGAAAGAAAAGAAAGAUAUAAGGAAAAAGAAACUACACGAUAAUUCGUUGACAACCGAAAAACGAGAUAAAAUGGCGGAAACCGAAGUAGACCUUAUUACGAACGAACUCGCUUGCAGAAAGCUGAUUACAAAGGAGGCAGAUCUUGGCGGUCCCGAUCAUUUGUUGGCGGAUCUCUUAAACAGUUAUGUCCAGGCUACUUUCAAGCUGGUCAGCAGCUUUCAUCCUAUUGACCCCUCAGAUCUUGCCCCAGACUUCUCAUCAACAUCCCAAAAGACACUGAUAGAUCUCGAGACCCGAUUGCUUAAGCAAUGUUCACUGACUCCUAUUUCUGUGAAGCCAUCUCAGUUCACUCAAACAUCAGUCACACAAGACGAGCCCUUAAAUCAUCCCUUCCCUCCUGUUUCUUCUCCUUCCUCUUUUUCCUCUUCUUCCUCUUCUUCCUCUUCUUCCUCUUCUUCAUCUUCUUCAUCUUCAUCAUCUUCAUCAUCUUCAUCGUCUUCAUCGUCUUCAUUCUCUACAUCGUCGCCUUUGUCUCCUAGUUUACCCAACUUUUUACCCCGGAAGUCCAGAUCCUCGAAACACUCACGCGUCAAUUUUUACGAGUCUAAUGUAGAUCACCCAACCAACCAGUCCGACGUUCAGUCUCAUAUUCGACCUUCUGUAACGUCCUCAUGGCAACGGGCUAUCUGGUUCGAAUAUUGUCGGAUGAACGAACUGGCCGAAGACUUCAGAAAAGCCUAUUUACGCGCAAAUAAAGAGUACUUGGAAGAGUGUGAUCGUUUGAAUCAGCUGAUUCUUGCCAGUAAAACAGUUGCCGUAACAACGGCAAUUAGUUAG